UAAAAAUGUGGAUAAAACAUAAAAUAAUUCAUGUUGGAGCCAGCAUGGCUAACAUUAAAACUGAAAAUGGUCAGUUUAUAAUGUUUUGUGUUGUAAAUGGUGAUACAAUGGAAUACAAAGCUACCAACAUGGAUGAGACUUAUGCUGAGAAAUUAAAAAUCUCUGAAGUUAUGAAUCGCGUUAAGGAGUUGAACAAACGUAUACGCUUUGAUGAAAAAACGGUUUGUGACACAUUGACACAGCGACAACCGGAUGAUGAAAUUUGGUUAGAUGAGCAUGAUGAUUCGAAAGGUUUGAAAUUAAAAUAUAUGAUACGUAAGUGUCCAUUUAACUUUAAUUUCUAUCUCAAAAAGCAAGCUGAAGAGGAGCAUAAAUAUUCAUUGAUGGUGCCACUCUUUAAAACCAUUGCCAGUUUAAGCGAGCAAAUUGUUGAGUUGAGAGACGCUGUUACACGUAAAGAUGUUGAAAUUCAGCAGUUUAAGAAAGAAGGUGCUAUUUUAAAGAGAAGUAAGUUUUUAUGA